CUUCUGUACAAUCCUAGCUGAAUUGCACAGGAGACAAAUAGGUAAUAGAUGAUCGAGCAAUGCUAGAGAUUCCGAAAUGAUUUAAAGAAAAAUAAGUGGUUUAGACUUUAGAUUCACUUUGACGUUCGGGUCGCACACAUAAAGUGGAUCAUUUUCAGAAAAACUUUUCGUGGUCCAAAGUACAUUAUAACAAGUCGAAAGAAUUCCAUGGUGGGAGAGUAUCUGUUGAUUGGGCCAAUAGUUUAUAUUUGAUUACCUUGGAAUGAGUUCAGAUUGAAUCUGAGGAGACAUUUACACUUGCGGUGCAAGCCAAAAGUCAUAACGUAGACGCAUGUGCUGCUGUCAUCAGUCCACUGUUUCUGUUUUGGUCUCCCUGGAUACAGUAUCUAUUUCUCCCUCUUUCUCUCUCCCUGCACACCUAUAUAUAUAUUGGUAAGUGGAUACUCAAGGAUGCAAGAGAUCAUGGAGAUCGAGGAAGAUAUUGUGAUAGUGGGUGGUGGUAUAGCUGGCCUCACUACAGCCUUAGGCCUUCACCGGUUGGGACUGCGGAGCUUAGUGUUGGAAUCAUCAGAGAGCUUAAGAAUUACGGGUUUUGCUCUUUCUCUGUGGACCAACGCUUGGAGGGCAUUGGACGCUCUAGGUAUUGGAAACUCCCUAAGGGAACAUAAUCCUCAGAUUCCCAGGGUUCAGGUUGGUUCCUCUGUUUCGGGUGCUACUUCAGAGAUUGAAUCACCUGAGAAAAAUGGCAGAGGUAAUGAAGGUCGUUGCGUGAGAAGGAAGGAGUUACUUGAGACAUUGGAGAGGGAAUUGCCCCAUGGCACUCUCCGGUACUCGUCUAAGGUUGUUUCUAUUGAGGAUACAGGAUACCGCAAAUUGUUGCACCUAGCUGAUGGUUCCACCCUCAAAACCAAGGUGUUGAUUGGUUGUGAUGGAGUUAAUUCAUUGGUUGCGAAGUGGCUGGGUCUUCCAAAACCUGUUUACUCUGGGCGAUCAGCCAUUCGGGGCUUUGCUGAGUACCCAGAUGGCCACGGCUUUCACCCAAGCAUUCAUAUUUAUUUUGAAGGCGGAGUUCGCUACGGUUAUGUUCCAUGCGGUGCCAAUUGCUUCUACUGGUUUUGCACUUACAAUUCUUCUCUCCAAUAUGAUGAAGGCAUGCAAGAGAAUCCAGCCAAGAUGAAGCAGUUUGUAUUGAGCAAGAUAAGCCAAUUACCCAAACAAGCAGCUGAAGUGGUGGAAAUGACUGAAUUGGAUAGCAUCUCAUGUUCUCCAUUGAAACUAAGAUUGCCUUGGAAUCUCUUACUGGGAAAUAUCUCCAAAGGAAAUGUUUGUGUUGCCGGGGAUGCCCUUCAUCCGAUGACACCUGACAUCGGUCAAGGCGGCUGCUCAGCUCUAGAGGACGGUGUUGUUCUUGCUAGGUGCCUCGCAGAAGCUUUAUUGAAAAAACCAAGAAAUGAGAUUCAAAAUGAAGAAGAAGAAUAUGCAAGGAUUCAGAAAGGGUUGGAGAAGUUUGCAAAGGAGAGGAGAUGGAGGAGUUUUAGUCUCAUAAGUGCUGCAUAUGUGGUGGGUUUCAUACAGGAAACGGAUGGAAAAGUGAUGAGGUUCUUGAGAGAGAAAUUUCUGUCGCGAUUCACAUUCAGUAGCGUGUGGAAGAUGGCUGACUUCCAUUGUGGCGAGCUCAACAUUUCUGGAAGUAAAUAAAUCAUUCUGUUAUUUGUUGAUCAAUGUGGUCUACAUUGAGUGGAGUUCAUGAAGUUCAAAGCUUGCAUCCUUGGUAGAGGAAGUAACUAGUCAGUUGGGCAGUUAUUGCAUUGGGACUGUUGAAACUUGAAACCAAGGAAUUUGAGGUUAAAAUAGAAAAAAUAAGUAGGAGGCGCCAGUUUAUUAGUGUUGUACUGAAUAACUAAGAGCAUCUCCAAUGGCGAGUCAAGUGGUAUUUUCAUUUGGGGACAACAUAAUCUAUUUUCGGUCUCGCUUUUUGUGAAAAAAAUAGAAAAAUAAGAGGGUGUGUAUGCUUUUUCAGACCUUGUUUACUAUGUUUUUUGAAGGAUAAAUUUUGAAGUCAAAA